GAAGAUCGCGAAAGACUCCAAAAACUGCCACAGUCGCGAUCGGUUGAAGUCUCGUUGUUUUCUGUCGCUGUUGUCUCGCGUGUGAAAUCGUGUGAAAAAUCCGCUCGAAAUGGAACGAAUUCCGUUGCAAACGAUGUCGCGGUGACCAGUGCAUCCAGUGGUGACCAGACUCGCCGGAAGAAGCCUCGAUCCGGGGUUGAAAAUCGUGAUUUUUUCUUAGGGGUGCUGGAAGAUUUUCCUCCCUUUUUUCUCGCUGCUUGGGCUUUAGUGGUGUGUGCGCGAAUGUUUCGAGACGAUCGUCGUUGUCUGUCGCGUUGCUCGGUUGCGUGUGUGUGUGCGUCCGUCUGUUGACAACGAGUCUAGUUGGUGUUUGACAACUUCUUGCGCUUCUCCGCAGCUCGCGUUCCUUCGAAUAACAUCUCGGGAAGUGCGAUGUAGGUAGAUAAUGUGCUGCUGGUGGUAAAAGUUUCUGCAAAGGGGAUCCAACGGGCGAAAAAAAAGGUGAAAGAAGCAAAAUAACAAAGAGUGUGUGGCUUUGAAUAUUGUUGUCAUCGUGCGUGGCUAAUUCAGGAAGAUUUGAACGACGUUUCUUGGUGGAUCAUAAAAGGCAUUGGUUGACGAUCCAGCACCUUACUUCCGAUGAAAGUUAUCUCAGAAGUCGUCCGAAGAAAGUGAUUUUGUGAAGCGGUGAUCCAAAUUCCACAGUCAACAGUUACCUACUGCGUACGAUCUGCUUUAGUCGUCUCCUACUAAAAGUGCACGAAUAACGGAGAAAGGUGAAUCAGUGUGUGAAAAACAAUCAUCUCCUGAGAAUCUCUUGAAACAAGUGUUUGUGCUGGGUGCAUGUUGUGAAAAUGUUCUCCAAAAAGAAGAAAAAGCCUCAAAUUUCCUUCCCGAGUAACUUCGAGCAUCGUGUCCACACGGGGUUCGAUAAACGGGAAGGAAGAUACGUUGGUCUCCCGCUGCAGUGGGCUUCCAUCGUGGGAAACAAUCAGAUACUGAAGUCCACUAAUCGCCCUCUGCCGCUGAUUGAUCCGUCAGAAAUUACACCCACGGAAAUCCUCGAUUUGAAAACUAUCGUCAGGCCGCACAACACCUCUAGUGCGGCCUCCACCACAGGCAGCAUCGGCGAACCGGGUAAGCUGGUUCUUCCAAAAACUUCCAGCGUUGCCCGAUCCAAUUCCCUGCGCAGUUCAAGUCCUCCACGCGUCCGACGAGGAGAGCUGCGUGCCAACACCAACGUUCCGCCCUCCGUUCCGGAAGAACCCCUCCACCUGGGUGGAGGCCAAUCACCCUUCCCCUCGAUAAACAACAACUACCCUCCAACCGUUCCAACCAAACAGUCCUUCCUCGGAAACCCCAUCCAUCCCCAUCAGCAGCAAUCUCAACCCGGAACCGGAGCACCCUUCCCUGAUGGCACCAAUAACGCCGCUAACUUCAAUCAUCUGAACAACAACUUUGACCAGCAACAGCACCAUUCGGCGCAGCAUUCCCAUCAACAUUCGCAUCAGCACCAGCCAUACAGCCAUCACCAGCAGCAGCAGCAACAGCAUCAACCCCAACCGGGAGCCCAUCAUCACCAUCCGCAUAUGAAUGGGCAUCUGGGAGGGCAUCAACAGCAGCAGCACCAGCAGCCUGCCGGUACCAACGGCAAUCACCUCUCGAAUCCAGUUAAUGUGGUGACGGAUGGUGGCGGAGCGUUAUUCCCAAACAGGUCACAAAAAUCCUCACCAACUGGUUAUCCGCACCAGCCGUAUCCAGGUCAAUAUCCAGGCUCUGUUCAAGGACAUCCGCAGCACAGUACAGGUCCACCACCGCUGCACAGUAAACCCAACUUCAGCAGUUCACCCUUGGGUCAAGGUCCUUCCACCGUACCUCCCUCACACACCAAUCAUGUACAUCAUCAAGGUAUGCACGGGCCAUCAGGUACCGGUCCAUCGGGCAUGGCAACGCCCCAGCUUGAUCUUGGACCGAGUAAUCAAAUCCCGCAUCAUCACCACCACCACCCAAGCCACAUGGGUGGAGGACCCGCAGCUGGUCCCGCCCAUCAACACCAGCCUCACCUCCCGCCUCACAGUCAACAGCAGCAUGCUAUGCCACCGGGAAGCAAUGGGCCCAUGAAUGGACCGGGUCAGUUCCCGGGUCACCACCAGCCCACCAUCCACCACAAGAUGCCAUCGCCCGCUUCGAUCACGGGAUCGACAGCCGAGCCGCCGAAUGUAAAUAGUAUAAACAACAAUCCCAGUACAAAGGCCAACUCGCGGGCCUCCAGCUCCAGCGGUGGGAACAUUUCCGUCGCGCACAGUACCACCUCGUCCGUGCAGACGGGCGGUGCCAGCCAGCAGGGUGGCUCCGGAUCGACGAAAACCGAACAACGGUUGACUCACGAACAGUUCCGAGCUGCGUUGCAAAUGGUAGUGUCUGCCGGUGAUCCACGGGAGAAUCUCGAAAACUUUACCAAGAUUGGCGAAGGAUCAACGGGAACGGUUUGCAUAGCAACGGACAAAUCUACAGGUCGCCAAGUGGCCGUCAAAAAGAUGGACCUACGCAAGCAGCAACGUCGGGAACUACUGUUCAACGAAGUCGUCAUCAUGCGGGACUACCACCAUCCAAAUAUUGUAGAAACCUACAGUAGUUUUCUGGUAAACGAUGAACUCUGGGUGGUCAUGGAGUACCUCGAGGGAGGUGCUCUAACCGACAUUGUCACCCAUUCGCGAAUGGACGAGGAACAGAUUGCCACCGUGUGCAAGCAGUGUUUGAAGGCACUGUCCUAUCUACAUUCUCAGGGUGUCAUUCAUCGGGACAUUAAGUCGGACUCUAUUUUGUUAGCCUCGGAUGGUAGGGUGAAACUCUCCGAUUUCGGUUUUUGUGCCCAAGUAUCCCAGGAGUUGCCGAAGCGUAAAUCGCUGGUAGGUACGCCGUACUGGAUGUCACCUGAGGUGAUUUCCCGGCUUCCUUACGGUCCCGAGGUGGACAUUUGGUCACUGGGUAUAAUGGUGAUCGAGAUGAUCGACGGUGAGCCGCCGUUCUUCAACGAACCCCCGCUGCAGGCCAUGCGAAGAAUUCGCGAUAUGCCUCCGCCGAAAUUGAAGAACUCUCACAAGGUGUCGAGUCGGUUACAGAACUUCCUCGACCGUAUGUUAGUUAGGGAUCCGGUACAGAGAGCUACGGCUGCCGAACUGCUGGCCCAUCCUUUCCUCAGACAGGCAGGGCCACCGUCCUUGUUGGUUCCGUUGAUGCGCGGAGCGAGACACAGUAAUUGCUAGACUUGUCGGAGAAUGACGCUGGACUUGUGAGUAUAGAAACGAAAGUGACCUUCGGAAUGUGGUGUAUAUAGAUGCAGUUAUAAAAUAUUCGAAAUGAUACAACAACCAUUACGUUACAUUACGUUCUUUUAGGCAAAUUAUUGCCACUGUUUUUAUAGCAUGUUUCAUUCUUUGGAUUAUAAUUUACGCAGCGGUGUAUAUUUUAAAUGCAUUUUAACAUGAUUAUUUUGUUGAAAGCUAAGCUAAGCUCCUUAUUAUGUGUCAGCAUAUUUUACAGAAAAAGUUUAUAUAAAGCUUCUAGAAUAUAGGACAUUUGAACGCCCUUGAUUCUCGUUACAGCAGUUCUAGUAGGUUAACGACUCCUAUUCAUUGUAUUCUCAUAUUAUUCUUACUUGGGAGAAAAAAGUGUUUCCAACGAGAACAAUAUGGGUAGAGUGGAUAAAGGAGCCGUUUUCUGCUCAUUGCAUGCAAAACUCAAAAAUCCUCUACUUAAAAUCUCAAAACAGGAAACGAAACAUUCCAACAGUAUUUUUAAAAACUUCAACGAAUCCACUGUCAAACAUCGAUCCGCCAAGCUACCACUAGAUUCAAAGGGCAAAAUAUGUAUUUGCCAUUUAGGAUUGUUUUUAUUUUUACAUCGAAUGUUAAUUGUUCUACAAAACGCCAGAAAUAGUAUUUUAGUGUAACUAAAUGCGUUUGGUCUAACAUAAUUAUACUUGAUAUAUCCAUUAGUAUUAGUUUGCAUUCCGUUCGACGAAUGCCGUUGAAAACGAAUUCCCGCUCCAGUAUUUAUUAUUUCCAACUCAACGAAUUACAAUCUUUCACCUCUUCAUACUCUUCACGGGUGGACUGGGGGGGGGGGGGGUUUGUAUGUGACAAUUACUUUGCCUCCAGAGUGUACUCUCAAGCAGUAACGAUAAGGACUGAGAUGUGAAAAACUUACACAUAUGUUUAAGGAAAGCGGAAAGCAAAUCACAGGAAAUGAAUGGCAGCGAAAAGAAUUUAUUUUAUCCGACGAGAGUUGUUGGCGGUAUACAGUUACAGUUUAUCAUAUAACAUAACGAAUAGAUGAGUAUGCAGUGCGACCUACUUAUUAUGCAUUCAACAAUUUAUAUACAUGGAAUGUUGCUGUAAAAUAUUCGUAUCAGAACUUACUAGGAGAGCCGUCU